AUGGCCCCCGCUUACGGUCGCAGUCAUGCAGCGGGAUGUAGUGAUUGUCACAAUGUUGCUGGAGCUGGUGCGGACGCUAACUACAACCCCACGUUCUGGACACGUUGUGCAGCAAUUGGGCUGGCGUAUUGGGAGAGCAGUUGGGAGAUGAUAGAGCUUUUGGAAAAGCAUGGGGUGGAGAUUCCCUCGGAUUUGGAAUAUUGCACGUCUUGGGAAGAUGAUGACUCUGAUUCGGAAUCUUGCAUGUCUGGAAAAGAUGAUGACUCUGAUUCGGAAUCUUGCAUGUCUGGAAAAGAUGAUGACUCUGAUUCGGAAUCUUGCAUGUCUGGAGGGGGUGAUGAGUCUGAUUCUGCUGCGUCAGAAGAAGGUCCGAAUUAG